AUGAAUUUUGACUUGCCAAAAGACCUCGAAGCUCAUUUGGGAUCAAUAGAUUCUUUUAUUCACUCAACUAUUCUCCCAUUACAGCAUUCCGAUGACAAUGACCGCUUCUUCGAUCACCGCCGUGAGUAUGCUCGGACCGACUGGGAGAAUAAUGGCAACCCAGGAAAGGAAUGGGAAGAGCUAUUAGGCAAGGCGCGCACUCUAGCUGACUCUUCGGGUUUUUAUCGAUUUGCCCUCCCCCGGGUCUAUGGGGGACAGUCACAUCCUGACACGAACUUGUGGAUGUGCGCUAUUCGCUAUCACUUGGCCUCGAAUCCAGUGUACGGUGGUGGUCUGGGGCUGGCCAAUGAUUUACAGAAUGAGCAUAGUAUCGUUGGGAAUUUCCCAGACGUUUUCAUGCUCCACCAUUUUGGCAAUCAACAACAAAGAGAUACCUUGAUUCCCGCACGUCUGCGAGGAGAGUUCCGGACAACAUUCGGUCUGACUGAGCCCGACCACGGAAGCGAUGCAACCUUCAUGUCUACUACCGCUCGUCAAGUUCGGGGAGGGUUUGAAAUCACGGGGACAAAGAAGUGGCAGACAGGGGCUCAUCACUGUACCCACUUUCUCAUCUUUGCGCGAACAUCUGGUCAAGCAGGGUCAUCACAAGGCAUUACUGCAUUUUUAGUUCCUCGUGGCACAAAAGGAGUUCGCAUCGUUAGUUAUGAGUGGACAUUGAACAUGCCCACCGACCACGCAACGGUGGAACUGAAUAGUGUAUGGGUUCCCAGCUCGGCGGUCUUGGGAUCGGUCGACCACGGACUAGCCAUUGCCCAAACAUUUGUGCACGAGAAUAGAAUUCGUCAAGCGGCAAGCUCCUGUGGGGCCGCAAGAUACUGCCUGGACCGAAGUAUAGAGCGUGCACGAGCACGGAAGAUAUGGGGCGAAGGGAAAACUCUAGCUGAUAAUCAGGCUAUUCAGUUUCCGGUUGUUGAGUUGAUGACACAGGUAGAGAUGCUGCGACUGUUCAUCUUGAAGACAAGCUGGGGGAUGGAUCGUAUUGUGGCGCAAUGCCAGUCGUCCGAAGCCCAGCGGCCGCCAUGGGUUGAAAUUGAGCGCCGCCUUUCCGAUCAGGUGGGCAUGUGUAACUUCUGGGCAAAUCGAUUAUGCUGUCAAGCUGCCGACCGAGCAAUUCAGAUCCACGGCGGCGAUGGAUACUCUCGUCACUACCCCUUUGAGCACAUCUAUCGUCAUUUCCGUCGUUAUCGGAUCACGGAAGGCGCAGAGGAGAUUCAGAUGCGCAAGAUCGGGGCUUACAUAUUUGGAUUUGCCGGCCCAAAGAACAAGGACAUGGAAAAUGCUGAGACCUCGAAGGCCAAGAUUUGA